GUGGGCACUGGGAGGAUGAAAGUAGCAUUGAUGGUGCAUUGCUGCUCAGUGAUCAGAUCAGUGAGGAGCGAGAGGAAAGGAUGGGAGAGAAGAAAUGAGAGAAAGCCGCAGAUAGAGAGAUAGAGAGAGAGAAUCUUUCUCUGUACCAGAUAGGCAGUAAUCUGCAGUCAUUCACACACACACGCACACAGACCGAGGCACGGUGAGGUGUCAUGCCUUAGAGCACACACACGAGAUAACUGAGUGAAUUUUUCAAAAAAAUUUAACGUCGGGCAAAAUUGUUUAGGUAUUUGAGUUUUGGGGGUUUUUGAUAUCUACUUGUUGACGUCUCGCUCUGCGAGUGUGUGGUGAGCGAGCACGGAAGUGGGCGUGCGUGCGUUUUUCUACUUGCUCUCUCUCGUUCUCUCUCUCUCUUUCUUUCUCGCUCUCGUUCGCUGAUCCUCUGGUCUCCAAUCCUGUCCCGAGAUGAUGUCUUGCACCGAAAUGAUCACCAUGUGUCUGCAGGCGGCUAAAUACAAGGACCGUCGCCCUGGCAAGCCACUGCCAGUCAGGCUCCCGGGCUUCAUUGACAUUUUUCGCAGAGCAGAUAAGAACGACGACGGUAAAUUGUCCCUGGAGGAGUUUAAGGCUUACUUUGCUGAUGGCGUCCUGGGCUCCUUUGAGCUACAGGAGCUCUUUCACGAGAUCGAUAAGCAGUGUGCUAACAACUUGGAUACUGAAGAGCUGUGCGAGUAUUUUUCCGAGCACAUGGGGGAGUUUGAGAGUGUGCUGUCCGCGCUGGAGCAACUGAACAUCUCGGUGCUCGGGGCCAUGGACAAAACCAAAAAGGAAUACCAGACUUCCUCGGCCCUCAGGCAGUUUGUGACCCGCUUCCUGCUGAGGGAGACCAUGGAGCAGCUUCAGUCACUGCAGAGCUCGCUGGAGUGUGCCAUCGAGGCCGUGGGGGAGCAGAGCAGCCGAGAGAGGGAGGAGCCGCAGAUGCCCGAGCCCCUCUCUGUCCAUCGGCCGGUCAGACGCUGCGGUCGCAGGGCCCAGAAGACCUUCUGCCUGUCCCCCAGCGACCCUUUCUCUGGGAUCCUCCACUCAGGUGUCCACGUUGAGCCCGAAAGUCAGUGGGUAACUCAGGUCAACAGACUCCAGCAGCUGGUUGACCGGCUGGAGUGGAAGACUCCGAGACUGGAGCCUUUGAAAGAAGAACUGAUUGAUGGGACCUCCCAGUCUCAGCUGAUGGUGGUUCAGAGGCAGAUGUCGGUGCUGGAGGAGGAGGUGGAGGAGUUCCGCCAGGACCUCAAGCGAUAUGUCAAGUCCGCAGCCAAUCAGAGCGGCAGUUUGCACAUCUCUGUCCAGAAACUGAGGAAUGAAUCCCGUUUCAUCGUGUAUGAGUUCUGGCAGGAUCGGGCUUCUUGGAGGAGCCACCUGCAGGCAAACCACAGCAAGGCCUUCCAGAGGAAGAAUGUGGAUUUCCUGGAGACCCCUGAGCUCAUGACCACCAUGCUGCUGCCUGCUUCCUGGUGGAUCAUCAGCAACAACAACUGACUCUGUGAUGGGCCGCUGAAAGCCAUCUCGCUCUGUGCCGUGCUGGGAGAAGGCCCUCCUCACAAAC